GUUAUUCCACGGAAGGAUAGCUCAGAAAUUGCGGAAGAAUUUCUCACACGAGUAUGAUGAAGUGAAUUUUCAUAAGUUUUAUUGAAAAAAGGCAAUUAAAAUGAAGGGAGAUAUUGUUCUGGUGACUUUUGUUCUAUUUCUGUGUUAUUUUUCCGUUGAUGGUAGUGGCUAUUUAAAAAAUCCGGCGGCCCGUAACUCUAUUUGGAGAUAUUUUGGAGCUGCAUCAUUUGCUAACGAUAUUGAAGCGAAUCAUGAUGAUAUGAACGUAAACUGUGGCGGCAAAUUUGUUAAAGACCACAAUGACCUAUCACAGAAAUGCGGACUCUGUGGAGAUCCUAAAAACGGACCGCUUGACCACGAAAAUCCGGCAAAAUAUGCAAAAGGAUAUGUUACCCAGGUGUAUCAUGAAGGCACUACCGUCAAUAUUACAGUUACCGUGACGGGAAAGAAAGAAGGGGGAUUUUUUAUGAUGGAUCUCUGUUGUCCUGCUAGCCCUUCUCAAGUUACAGAGCAAUGCUUUAACCGUCUCAUAUUUAAAGAUACCAAUUCAAAUACACUUCCAAUCAACAACUUCGAAGGAGAUGGGUCAUUCGAAGUAAUACUUCCACCUGGAGUGACCGGUGAUCAUUGUGUGAUGCGAUGGAUUUGGAUAACAGCCAACGAAUACAGUUGCGACCCGACAGGACUUUGUGGAGUGGGAUACUGGGAGCAACCCGCUUUUGUAAAUUGUGCAGACGUAAAUGUUUUGGCUACUGGAGAACCAAUACCACCAGAUUUCGAGUAUCCCGAUUACACAUCGACCUACGGUUCAAUCAAUGGAGGCGGUCAUAAUGGGACUUCAUCGUCGACACCUAUCCCAACUGACUUGUCAAGUGUUCCAAUUGGAGGCUCUUCAACAACAGUAGCAACUACUACAAUGUCCCCAGGCUCGACGACAACUUCCAUUGGAAUAUCAAUUGUUACCGUCGACCCUACAGGCGUAACGGGAACUACUGAUACGCCACCAAGCACCCAAGGUCCUAUUGUUGGCCCAGUUGGUCCAGUUAUUGCCUCUUCUGGUUUAGGUCUCCCAAGUUUUGGAUUUUUUGCACCGUUUCUACCAUUAGGGUUGCCGGUUUUGGCAAAGUUUGGUCUUGGCUGGUGGGCAAAUAGACAGGCAGGCAUUUCACCACGUGUUAAUAUUCCACCGCCCCCUGGUCCCAUUGUUUAUGAGCCAAUGCCGCUCUUUGGAGGUCCUGCCUAUGUUCCAGCACCUGUUCCGGUAACAAAACAUUACAAGGGUUAUGGGAAAUCGGAAAGUGUACAUGGAUAUGGAAACAAUUAUAAUAGCUAUAAUGGUAACUAUGGCAACAACAAUUAUGGAUACAACCGUAACCAUGGUAGCAGUUAUGGUAGUGGCAACUACAACGGAAAGAAAAAGUAAAAAUAUGUUGUUAUGGAUACAACCAUAUUCUUCUUGAAAAAUUAUAAGAAUACUAUAGGUAUCUCAAAUACAGGGAAUAAGGUUAGAUGUUUUUUCAUGCAAUGUGUGAUAAUUGAAAUCUCGAAUUUAUAUGAAAUUUUGUAGUAUAAUUCAUGAUAUGUAAAAAAAAAUCGUUUUUAGCUGCUUAAGUUAUUCUUGGUGUUUAUAAAUUAUUACUUUAUUGAUUAUGGAUUAUUAUGUGUUAUAUUAAGCAUUAUGCAUAGCCCUGUUUUUGGUUUUCAAUAAUUUGAAAUUUAAAAACCAAUACCGGCCCUUUUGUUGAUCAGUUAUCACGUACUGUUACCAUAUCUAUUAACCAAUUAUGUUCUUAUCUAGAGAGGGAGAACAGGAAUUCAUAAAUAUUCUAUAUAAAAAAUUCUAAUAAAUGGUUCUUUCAAAUAUGAUUAAUAUAAAUAUUAAACAUAAAAAUAACGUUUAAUGUGGCAUAAGUUUUACAUAUUUCUUCUUUCUUCUAUCUUUAGUCCUAAAAAAAUAGACCACUUCCUCUCCGCUGCUCCUAAAUAAGAAAAUGAUAGCUGUACUUGUUUGUUAUUGUAUAUAGGGUAAUAAAGAGAUAAUAUAGAUGA